UCGCACACCCACCUGCAGUUCUCUUCGUAGUAAACAAGUCGUGCUUUGUGUGCCCCCAGCUCUGUUAAUUUUUUCCUAAUUUUCCAAAAAACCACCAACAUGGCAUCGACUUUAAUCAAGAAGGGCCUCGACCAGCUCAAGAGCAAAGAAUUUAGGGAAUAUUUAAUGAGCACACAUUUUUGGGGACCAGUUGCUAAUUGGGGCAUUCCUAUCGCUGCCAUCGCUGACACAAAAAAAGACCCUAAAUUUAUCAGUGGCAAGAUGACUCUUGCACUUUGUUUAUACUCGAUGAUUUUCAUGAGAUUUGCGUGGAAAGUACAACCGAGGAAUCUCUUGCUCUUCGCCUGUCACUUCACAAAUGAGGCAGCUCAACUCACUCAAGGAUACAGAUUCAUCAACUACAAUUACCUGAGCAAAGAGAAACCCGCAGAGAUUGAAGCAGCCCCAGCAACAGAAGAAGUACAAAAGCAGUAGAAUAUUUUUUGUUCCACACUCGCCAGACACUGUUAUAUUUAGAGGUAAAAUAUUUCCCCAAUACAUUGUCCCCGGAGGUUCCGUUUAAUUGGCUUUUUGCUCUUAUAUAUCGUAAUCAAAUUAAUAGUUUGAUCCAAACAAAUUAAUCAAUCUGGAUUAAAUAUUACUAAAAAUCAUCACAAUGUUAUCCAAGCUAGUCGUAGCAGAAAUUGUCGUUUUAGAAAAUU